CUUAAAAAAAAAAAGAAAAAAACACUUUUUUUUCUUCAGAAUCUCUCUCUUUCUCAAGUCUCACCAUCCAGUUCUUCAUCAAAGAGAAAGAGACAAUGGCUGUUACUGUGAAGAAAAUGGCUUUGAUAGUGACCUUUUUGGGUGUUUUGUCCUUUGUAUUUGGAGUGAUAGCUGAGAAUAAGAAGCCUGCAUCCGCGACCCCCGUCGUCGGAAAAAAUGUCGUUAUCUGCAAAUACCAAUCCGAUAUGACGGUCAUUUUCGGUUAUUUGUCCGUCGGAUUUCUUGCUGCGUCUUCAUUUAUUGGGUUGCUCUCAUUGUUUUAUCCCUACAAAGGAAAGUGUGUCCCUGGUGGGGCUUUCUUCCGGAGCUCUAACUUUGUUGUGUUCUUCAACAUUGCUUUGUUCACAUCGGGACUGGCCGCUGCACUCUUGCUAUGGCCUACACUCACGGAGCAAUUCCACAUCCUACGCAACGUCCACCGCAAUCUCAAAACGGAAUGCCCUACUGCCAAGACCGGUCUCCUCGGUGGCGGUGCUUUCGUGUCCCUUGACGCGUCGCUCUUCUGGUUGGUCGCCCUUAUGUUGGCAGACAAUGCCCGAGAGGACUACUUUGAGGAGUUAGAGAAUUCUUCCAGGGGUGAAUGUGAUCAGAUCAACAAUGGUGAACCUCAUGCCAAUGCUAGUAGCUCAAAGGAGACUGUCUAGAAUUUGACA